CAUCGACAUACACCUGUAUACCCGGCACACUUUCCAAUCUACUGGUGGACACAACUAUCCAGCUCUAGUUGUCAUCAAACUUAUUGGAGAAUAUUAUUGAAUAUUGGCUGAAGUCUGAACCAGCCGAUUGAUAUAUGCUUGUUUACAUUCCCACACGAGGUUGUUGAGCUGCAGAGUUCGGAAGUGAAAGGGACACUGAACAUAGCAUUAAUUACCUGUAUCUUUGUUGGAAGGCAUGAGGCAGGACGGAGCACUACAGAUGGCUUCGGCAAACGAUUCAAAAUGGCAGAAGGAUGCUGCAGACCAGAACUUUGACUAUAUGUUCAAACUACUCAUUAUUGGAAACAGUAGUGUGGGUAAAACGUCAUUCUUGUUUAGAUAUGCUGAUGACUCUUUCACAUCUGCGUUUGUUAGUACAGUGGGCAUAGAUUUCAAAGUAAAAACAGUGUUUCGGCAGGACAAAAGAGUAAAACUACAAAUCUGGGACACAGCUGGCCAGGAAAGAUACAGAACGAUAACAACAGCGUACUAUCGGGGUGCUAUGGGAUUUAUACUAAUGUACGAUGUCACAAACGAGGAAUCCUUUAACGCAGUACAUGACUGGUGUACUCAGAUCAAGACAUACUCAUGGGAUAAUGCACAGAUAGUUUUAGUGGGCAACAAGUGUGACCUUGAGGAUGAGAGGGUCGUUUCCACGGAGAGGGGCAAGCAGCUGGCCGACCAAAUAGGACUGGAGUUUUUCGAGACAUCAGCUAAAGAGAAUAUCAACGUGAAAGCUGUAUUUGAAAGAUUGGUAGAUAUCAUUUGCGACAAAAUGUCAGAAAGUUUGGAUUCUGACCCAUCCCUGAUCAACAGCCAGACAAAAGGAACGAGGCUGACAGAGAAUACCAACCCACAACAGGGAGGAUGUCAGUGUUAAGUGUCCGACAGGGGCAGAUAACUGAGGACACUGUGUGAUGUGUACGAUCUGUUUCUCACAUGAUAUGUUUACAAAAUAGGUGAUAGUGGUUAUUUCAUGUUUUGGACACAUGCACAUUUCUGCCCUCAUCAUGUGGAAAAACUGCCCCAUGUAGUUAAAGAAUCUUGUGAGCUAGCUCAGUUUAUGGGUAUGUCAGAUACCGCAGGGGUCAGUCAGUCCUGUGGUAGGUAUAAGAAGUGGUCAAAAGUAGAGCUGGUCAGUUCUUAUGGUCUGUACUGAUCAGUCCUGAAAUUAUCCUCAGUACUUGAUAAUGUUCUAGUGUACUGAUGACAGUAAUUUACACUUGUUUUCCUGGUCUGGUGUACUGGGGAAUGAUCAGUUCUAGAGAUUUGUCAGUACCUGGAACUGUGCUAAGGACUAGUUAGUACUGGGAUAUGUUAGUAACUUGAACUGGUCAUUCUUAUUGGUCAAUCAGCACUACAAAGUUUGUCAGUACUGAGACUUAGGUCCCUUAGACUAGAGAUUGAUUUGAGGAACAUGCUCAGAUCAGACAUGGGAGCUGGCCAGUCUGUAUAGCAGUUAUACCACACUUAGAGUUACUAUAGGUAUUCUGAUGUUAACAGGUACGACUACCUUUGAAAUAUUGACACAAAUAGUUGUACAAAGUCCUGAUCUGCCAAAAUGAAGUGGUUUUUGGAUUAUAAAUUGUCACUUUUAAAGAAUACCCAAUAUGAUCAUGUGAAGAUCCUUUGUCAACAUUUCAACUGUAAAUGUGUAAAAUGAUGAAUAUCCACAGUUUUUAGGAAAUUUGUUGUAUAUUGUCACUGCAUUUUUGGAACAUGCAUUAUCUCCCCUUGGAGGUCUGGCCUGCCCAUAUUCUUGAUUACCUCCCCUUCCAUGACUGUAAGAGGUGUGGCUUCCAUCUUGUAUCGGUCGACAAGGUAACCAUACGUGGAAAUCGUGCACAUCUCUUGUCUAUUGACAGCUUUAGAGCUCUGUGUUGUGUGGUUGCCAUAGUGACCCACCGGAUGUAAGGCACACUGGAGGAAGAUUGAUGAUCUGAGGUGAAAAUACUACAUUAUAUAUGUAGUUGUGUAGAUGGCGCUGUGUGUUCCAGGUAGAUGUUAUAUGUGUAUCAGAGAGCCACAUGUGGUUAGCUGAGUAUACCAUAGAUGUAUCAUUGUGCAUCCCAGUUGUGCUGACAAAUUAGACAAAUCACUUUAGAUUUCAUGUAAUAUUGCUAACAUUCAUCCUUGUAUAUUUUUCUCUCAUGCAUUCCAUUCAUUUUUGUUUUUCGAUUAUAAUGUAUUGUGCAUAUAAACCACCUACAUGCCAAAGGAUCAGACUUCCUUCUUUUCUCAGCUGUUAAAAAUCUUCAUUAUUAACCAACAGAUUACAUAAUUAUACAGUAAAACCUUAUGAGGGUUUUGGCAAUAUAUUGAAAGAGAUGUGAAUUUAAGGAAUUGUUUCUUUGAAGAAAGCAAAUUGGGACCUUGAAAGGAAACGAGAGUCAUUAUAUAGAGGUUUUACUGUAUAAAUACUGUAUCUAAAAAUUUUUUUUUGUAAAUUCCUUUAUAAGGAAUUGAGCUGUUAUUUCAGCAAGCUGGAAGUUCUGUCAAGGUGUUUGAGAAUUAUGUAUUAAUACCUACUGUGACAGAAAACUGUAUUCAAAAACAUAUUUUUCAUCUUAUGAAAUCCUCUGAUUUUGUCAGAACAUGUUAAAUAUCUGAACUGAAACAGAGAGAGUUCUGCCUUCAGUAUCAUGACAUAUACCAGACAAAUACUUGUCUGUGACACGAGAAAAAUGCAUUUACAUUAUCAUUGAUAAUUAAGUUUUCUUACUGCUUGAUUUUGUUACUGUUCUUUGUAUAUUUCUUUCUACAAUCUAUAUAAUUGUGUUCAUUGAGAUGCGUUCUUAAAAUGGACAGUUCAGUCCAUAUCUACACUGUACGUUGUAUUUGUUGAAAAGAGUUUUCAGCUGUUUCAUUUAAAAGAAAAACAGAAUCUGCUUGGAUAAAUGAAAUCCUGCUAUAGUCAUAUAUGAUUGAAGGACUUUAUUGCAGCUUAAUCCAACAGUUAGUAUGAGAUGGGAAGGUUAACGAAAAAAAGAGUACAAUCUCAAAAUUCAAUGGGGAAUGUGUUUCAUAGCAGAACAUGAAAAGAGUGCAAGUAAUAUCCACAAAAGUGCAAUAUAUCCGUGUUAUUUGUGACAAUAAAGUACCCCUGUCUGAUAUAGACAAUGUUGAAAUCCACUGUAAGUAGUCACUGUCUCGUCAGAGCAGUGUAUAAACUGCCAAGUUUGCCUCAAUUGUUCACUUUGAGGAAGACAUUUUGCUGCAAUAUCAAUAUGCGAUUUCAUGUGUGUUACUGUUGAAAUUAAUGCUUGAUUUUUCUUAUCUGGAUAGAUUUUCUUCUGAUGAGUAUUAAAGCAUAGGGAUUUAUUCAUCACAACUAAGAGCUGUUUCUCUCUCAAUUGUUUUAAAUGUCUGUGCUAGAUUUAUCUUGGUUGUGAAACAUGUACGGCAAAAGCAAAAUGUAUCUCGGUUGUCAGACAUGUAACAGACAGAUGUCUCUUGAUUGUGUUCCUUGUACACAUGGUGUUGAAAUCCACAUGGUAUUUAUAUAUAAUCCUGUUACUUGCCUUUGUUGUUAUAGCUCUAUAGAUUUAUUAGGUUGUGAAAUAUUUUGUUUUAUUUUACUUUUAAUAAUUUAACCUAUUCUUAUUGAAGAGACUAGUUAUUUACAAUCAUUCCAAAGUGUAGACCACGUCAGGCAACAUUUGUGUGCUGUGUAUGACCUGGACUACCUACCCUAGUGAACUCCAAAACAUUGUUUAAGAUGCGACUUAUUUUACAAACCUUUAAUUCAUUCCUUAUUAAAAUAUACAUUCUUUAGAAACUUGCAUUGUUUUAUGAUAUACCUUAUUAUACAAACCUUGAAUUCAUUCCCUAAACAGAAAAAGGUUCUGUGGAAACCUUGUGAGGUUAUACAUUAUUAUCAUGACCUUGACCCAUUACUCUUAGAGCUAAACUCUUUCACAAAACUUGUAUUACAUAAUUUCCAUUCCAAAUAUGUAACACAUCCAUUCCAAUUCACCCUACAAAAGGAAAUUUGUCUAAUCAAAAGACCCAGACAAAUACAGCUGAUUUUUGUUCAUUUUUUUUUUUUGUCAAAACUUCCCACAUAAUGUAAACUUUGGCUUUGAUUUUCCUUCUGAUCUUUAAGUCAUGUUAAAACAUUAAAUUCAUCAAGUGUACAUAGGCAUUUCUCCUGUUAGUAAAUAUAUAAUGGUCACAAUAUUGACUUAAAAUAUAACAUUUUUUCAAUCAACCUCCAUUAUGUAAUACUUGAUGUUAUUCAUAUGUAUUAUAACACUGAUUAAGUUUAAUGUUAUAGAAACCAAUGAGUGGUAUAAGUAUAGGGACCAUGAGAGGUCAGUGAGGUGUAAUAUUAUAAGUAUAGGGACCAUGAGUGGUCAGUGAGGUGUAAUGUUAUAAGUAUAGGGACCACUAGUGGUCAGUGAGGUGUAAUGUUAUAAGUAUAGGGACCAUGAGUGGUCGGUGAGGUGUAAUGUUAUAAGUAUAGGGACCAUGAGUGGUUAGCGAGGUGUAAUGUUAUAAGUAUAGGGACCAUGAGUGGUCAGUGAGGUGUAAUGUUAUAAGUAUAGUGACCACUAGUGGUUAGCGAGGUGUAAUGUUAUAAGUAUAGGGGUCAUGAGUGGUCAGUGAGGUGUAAUGUUAUAAGUAUAGGGACCGCCAUUGGUCAGUGAGGUGUAAUGUUAUAAGUAUAGGGACCAUGAGUGGUCAGUGCGGUGUAAUGUUAUAAGUAUAGUGACCACUAGUGGUUAGCGAGGUGUAAUGUUAUAAGUAUAGGGGUCAUGAGUGGUCAGUGAGGUGUAAUGUUAUAAGUAUAGGGACCAUGAGUGGUCAGUGAGGUGUAAUGUUAUAAAUAUAGGGACCAUGAGUGGUUAGCGAGGUGUUAUAUGUAACUACCAGUGCAUUGUAGAUCUUUGUUUCUGUUCUUUACAAAACAUUCCAAUCUUAGAUAUCAAUAUCUUAAACCUUUAAAAUAGAAUCUCGUAUCAUGUUUAUUGGGUAAAGUGUUAUUGAAAGCGAUUUUUAAACAUUCAUCGUGGUGUGAAGGAAAUAAAUGUACAUUGAAACCUGACUUUACCAACAUCUGACCUAACAGUCACCUGAUCUUACCGGUACCUGAUUUUAUCUACGGUAUUACCAUCUCCUGACUUUACUAACGCCAGACUUCAAUGGACGUCAUGUAAUAUCUGACAUGAUGAUCUUAAUUACAACACACCUUUAUAUCCGACUAAAUGAUUCAAUCCUAAUUAGAUGUUGGUAAACAUGUGUCACUGUAUAGAAUCUCUUUAUGUAUAUGUAAAGCAGGACCUGAGCUAAGAAAUAAUAUUCUUUUUUCAAGCGACAGUCCUUGCAACUAGAUUUAAUCUAUAAAUAUCAAUGUUCUCUUAUCAUGAUAUCCAGGUUUUUGGUCGUAUAUCACCAAUAUUUCCAACUGUUAGAGAAGUAGUUUGUAUUGACCAGGUGUUUGUAUCAUGUUCUGUUUUAAACAGCCAUCAUCAGUAAGUGUUAACACUUGUAGAGUAUUGUCAGAAUAUCUUUUUGUGGACUUGAGACGUCAGGUGGAUUCCCCAUGUGGUCGCCACCCCCUGUAUAAAGGUGUCCCUCAUGCACAGUCCGUUCCCUGUAAACUGUUGUAGUGGUAACAUAGAUCAUAGUCUCUCAUGCUCAUCUUAUGUGAUAGAUUUUUUUUGGUCUGGUUCCUAGUGUUACGACGAUUAUAACAUAUACUAAUUAAUAACAGUGGUGUAGAACCGACAAUAUUAUUACAAACACUAUUACAUAUGUAUCCAUAGACCCACUCUUAUAUUUUCUUUGUCUAGAACUGUCUCUAGUGACAGUCUGAUAAUAAAUCGUUGAAAGUCCA